CAUCCGCCCAGUCUCCUAAACCCCUCCCCUCCCCCUCCCCUCUCCGGCCGGCGCCGCCCGCCACCGCAGCUAUGGCCUGGAGGCUGCCGCCCCUGGCCGUCCUCCUGCUACUCGUCGCCGCGGCCGUCGCCCCCCUCUCCUCCGCCGUCCGCCCGGUCUCCGAAGCGCACAGAUCCGUCGCCGCCGAGCUCUUCGCCGCCUCCCCCGACGACUUGGAGACGACGUACGAGGCGGUCAGGACGUUCAAGAUACUCGGAGUGCAGAGGGAUAAGGGCCUUGAUGGCAAGGCCUGCAAGCUCGCCGCGGAUAGGCUGUCUUCGUCCUCGUCGCCCGCCAAGGAUCUGUUCCACGCGGUCCAGAUCGCUGGCGUUCUCGCAUGCAGCGUCGAUGCCGGUGUUUACGAUGACGUCGCGUCGAGGCUUAAGGCGGUGAUCAAGGACACCAAUUCGCUGCUGGAGUUCUACUAUUCUGUGGGAGGGCUGCUCAGCCUCAAGGAACAAGGCCACAGUGUUGUUUUGUCUGAUGCCGAUAGCACAUUUCACGCAAUUAAGGCACUUAGCCAAAGUGAUGGGAGAUGGCGCUAUGACACCAACAGUGCUGAAUCCAGCACAUUUGCUGCUGGUAUAGCACUAGAAGCAUUGGCAGGAGUUGUUUCACUGUCUGAUGCGGAGGUUGAUCCGUCUAUGAUUGGAGUCGUUAAAAAUGACAUCGUGAAACUAUUUGGCACAAUCAAGAGCUAUGAUGAUGGAACCUUCUAUUUUGAUGAGAAGUAUGUUGAUGGUUCUGAAUACAAGGGCCCUAUAACAACUUCUGCUUCAGUAGUACGUGGUGUCACCUCCUUCGCUAAUGUUGUUUCUGGGAAAUUGAACAUCCCUGGUGAGAAAAUACUGGGCUUGGCAAAGUUCUUUCUUGGUAUUGGGCUCCCAGGUAGUGGAAAGGAUUGCAUUAAUCAGAUUGAGUCCUUGUCGCUCCUGGAAAACAAUAGGAUCUUUGUUCCUUUGAUCCUUUCACUUCCUUCCAAAGUACUGUCACUGACCUCCAAAGACCAGCUUAAGGUUGAAGUAACUACAGUGUUUGGUUCUGCGGCACCUCCGCUCAGAGUGGAUCUUGUGCAAGUCUUGGGCUCUGAUUCCAAGGUCAUCACCACUGACAGCAAGGAACUUCAGUUUGACCUCGACAACAAUGUUCAUUACUUGGACAUUACUCCAUUGAAAAUAGAUGUUGGGAAGUACUCGCUAGUUUUUGAGAUUACUCUUCAGGAUUCAGAACAUGGAACUGUUUACACUACUGGAGGGAGAAACACCGAGUCUGUCGUUGUUACAGGACUGAUCAAAGUUGACAAGGCAGAAAUUGGAAUUUCUGAGAAUGAUGCUGGGAGUGCGGAGUCUGUCGAAAAGUUAGAUCUGCUGAAAGAUACAAAAGUUUCUCUCUCUGCGAACCAUCUGCAGAAGUUACGUCUAUCUUUUCAACUAUCUACACCACUUGGACGCACAUUUAAACCUCACCAGGUUUUCUUGAAGUUAAAGCAUGAAAGCAAGGUUGAACACUUAUUUGUGGUGCCAGGUUCUGCGAGGCAAUUCAAAAUUGUUCUAGAUUUUCUUGGAUUGGUAGAGAAAUUUUACUACCUUUCGGGAACAUAUGACCUCGAGCUUUCAGUUGGUGAUGCUUCAAUGGAAAAUUCGUUCCUACGAGCCCUUGGCCAAUUGGAGUUGGACUUGCCGGAGGCCCCAGAAAAGGCCCCACGUCCUCCGGCACAAGCUGUUGACCCGUUAGCAAAGUUUAGGCCACAGAAGGAGAUAGAACACAUAUUCCGUGUGCCAGAGAAGAGGCCACCGCAGGAAGUCUCCCUUGCAUUUACUGGCCUCACGCUCCUCCCUUUCAUUGGGUUCUUGAUUGGGCUUAUGCGUCUGGGAGUCAACUUGAAGAACUUCCCUUCCCUGCCAGGACCAGCUGCAUUCGCAUCACUCUUCCAUGCCGGAAUCGGAGCAGUACUGUUGCUCUAUGUUCUCUUCUGGGUUAAGCUGGAUCUUUUCACAACUCUGAAGUACCUCAGCUUCCUCGGCGUGUUCCUUGUGUUCGUCGGCCAUAGGACCCUUUCUCAUCUUUCCAACACGGCAGCAAAACAGAAGACUGCUUGAUGGGAAGAUGCGAAGAAUGCGUGAUCAUCAAUUUUCGGGCAGUGGCAGUUGCUUGGGUUCUGCAAAUGCUUUUGCUUGAGAUCCUGACCGAGUUCUUGCGCAACUUGAGUUUUGAGGGACAACUGGGUGUCAUUUUGUAGUGGGUGCCAAGAAUCCUGGUACUAGAGAAGUGGUAGGACCUCGCCUUCUUGUUUUAUGCACCGAUGUUUACUGAAGUGGUAGGACCUCACCUUCAUGUAUGAUGCAUUGAUGUUUACUAAAUAGGCUGGACUUGUUAAACAUAGAAUUAAUAAGAUCAUAUUCUUACUCAAAAA